UCGAUUUACAUCUUCAUCACAAUGUUCGCAGUAGACCAUGGCAUUGCCAGGUUUCAAAUAACUUUCGUAACUCAAAACCACGGGCGGGCAUUCACCAAUUUACUAUUUCUACAACACAGAGUUUCUCUGGUUCUGGACGAACGCGACUGGAAAGUAUUUGACACCACGUACACGUGAGGCCUACGUGACUCACGUGCUAAGCCAAUAAAAAAACAAAAGAAAUGUGCGUGAUCAGAGCAGACAAAAGCUACAUAAUACAAAUUAGCCAAUCACGAACGUUCAUUACUGAUAUCCCGGAUAUGUCCAGGUCUAAAAUUCCGUGACAUUCAUCACCAUUGCCUCUUCGAUUCUAUAGUUGUYGACGGUAGUUGUUUCGAGAAUUUGUUUGAAUUGUAUAAGUUAUGGGCUCCGCCGAACUAAAUAUCAGCGACGAAUACGCAGAACUCUUGGAAGAUUCUCUAAGAGAAAGCAAGACUCUCAGAUCAGAGCUCAAAGAGAGAGACGAAGCAACACGCAGGCUUCUGCAAGACUUGAGUCGCACAKUCAACGAGUUGAURGGAGAAGUGAAGGAACCUUCGUCAAAAGGCCAAAGGGGACGCGGAAGAAGUAAAGUUGUUGUGCCUAGACUUUGUAGGACGAAAUGCCGCAACAUGUACAAGACUUUAUUGAAAUCGAAGAAAAUCUCAGGUUUCGACUUAUCUGAAGGGAAAUGGUCAAGUAGAAAUAACCAAGUUGUGUUGAAAGUUACAGAGGAAGUUAGGCUUGAUAAUGGUGGGGAAAACUGCAGUUGGACCAAUAACCAAAUGAGAGAAUCAUUGUUCACCUACUUCAGGACAUUAAAAGAUGAUUCCAAGCGGAACCCAGAUAUUGACCAUGGUGUUCAAUGCCGACGACUAGGGCGUGUAAAAGAGGUAAUUAAAAAACGUCAUUUAUUUAAGGGUUACUACAGGACGCUAAAAGGUUUCACCCAUUGUCUUUUACAGAAAAUUGAAAGAAGGUCGCUGGCCUUAAAGAACAUAGACCAGUGGACUGACAAGAUUAAAGAAAGAAUUGAAGAGACACUCUGCAAAGAAUAUACCAGUUCUGACGAGAGCGCAGAUGAAGAAGAUGAAAAUGGAAAGAGGAAAAAGGUUUUCCAAACAAAACGUCUGCGAUGGCAAAGCCCACAGCUAACAAAUAUCAAGGAGGUUCUUGAUAAUUUUUACAAAGCAAGUGUUAGGGGGGUCCAAAUUGAGAGAACACAACAUGCUGAUUACUCAGCGAGACAAAUGCCUACAAAUGCUGUGAAAUGGGCUGUCAAGAAAGCUUAUUUGACAAGCACUCCAAGUAGAUAAAUAAUAGUUAGUAUCCAAAAUCCCAGUAUAUGCAGGACUAGCCUUGAAUCAGGUUAUAACUUAAUUUGUUAUUUUUAUGUUUGUCUAUUUCAUAGGAACAAGAUUAUUGAUACUUGUACUGAGAAUUUUCUUUUGACUUGUUUCUAUUGCCAAGUGUAAUCAAAGUGCUGCUAUUACACAUUAAUAGAUCUUUUCUUAAUUUUUGUAUGGACACAACACAAUGAUAUGWGGUAAAUUUCAACCGAGGUGCAUUGAAAUCACUUAAAUUUAAAUAUUUUUUCAAAGGGGAUGCUUUGUCGGAAUGAUUCAUUUUUAUAGAUUUUUAAUAACUAAUUGUUACUGUUCAUUAUUAUAUUACAAUACUGUAUGUGUUUUCCAUAAAACAUCAGGUGUGGAAAGAUAAUCAGUGAGAUUUAUAAUGUAUAUUGCACC